AUUCAGUAAAAUCAAAUCAAAUAUGGCUGACAUUAAGUGGCAUUAGCAUCAGCAAUAAAAAGUCUGCCAAUAUUUUGUUACAUACGCUAGUAUAGAUAUAGAGUUAUAGACGAAAUAUUAACUACAACUAUCAAACGCGUAAAUCUUAACAAUUCAAGUGUAUUGCUCAGAAGUUCAGUAUUUAUUAGAGUUUUGUUGUUGUGUGUGGCAUCGUUAUUCUAAGCAAAAAUGUACGACGAUAGACGUGGCGGUCGUGGCGGAGGUCGUGGAAGUAGCCGUGGAAGCCGCGGUGGAGGUAGAGGUGGUUCUCGAGGAGGACGAUCGAGUGACCGGUCCCAGGAGAGAGGAAGCAGUCGUUUCGGUAGCAGCAGCCGUGGCAGGGAUAGCGGCCGUGGAGGACGAGAUAGCAGUCGAGGCUUUGGAGGACGUGGCGGCCGAGAUGAUUUCCGCGGAAAUUUUAAUAAAAACGACCAACCUGGGGGUAACCUCAGGAAAAUUCGCUGGGAUACAAUUACGCUAACUCCAUUCCAGAAAAACUUUUAUGUGCCUCAUCAGAACGUCCAGUCGCGCAGUCAAGCGGAAAUAGAAUCAUAUCGUAGCCAAAACCAAAUUACUGUGAAAGGACGCGAUGUUCCCGCCCCGAGCAUGUACUUUGAGGAGGGCGGCUUCCCAGACUAUGCUAUGAAAGAAAUAUUGAAACAAGGCUUUCCCCACCCAACCCCUAUUCAAGCUCAAGGCUGGCCUAUUGCAUUGUCUGGAAGAGAUUUAGUAGGAAUUGCUCAAACAGGUUCUGGGAAAACCUUGGCCUAUAUAUUACCUGCUAUUGUACAUAUCAUAAAUCAGCCUCGCCUGCUGAGAGACGAGGGGCCCAUUGUUUUGGUUUUGGCUCCGACUAGGGAACUGGCUCAACAGAUUCAGCAGGUGGCCAAUGAUUUCGGCCAGAGCGUACAAGUCCGCAACACUUGCAUAUUCGGAGGUGCGCCCAAGGGCCCGCAGGGCCGGUGCCUCGAGCGUGGAGUUGAGAUUGUCAUCGCGACACCAGGACGACUUAUUGAUUUCUUGGAGAGAGAAACUACAAAUCUCCGUCGGUGCACGUAUCUGGUGCUCGACGAGGCCGACCGGAUGCUGGACAUGGGUUUCGAGCCUCAAAUUCGUAAGAUUAUCGAGCAGAUUCGACCAGACAGACAGGUUCUGAUGUGGUCUGCUACCUGGCCUAAAGAAGUGCAGAACCUAGCUGAGGAGUUCCUGCAUGACUACAUCCAGAUCAACAUUGGUUCUCUCAGCCUGUCUGCUAACCACAACAUCCUGCAGAUUGUGGAUGUGUGCGAGGAGUGGGAGAAGAAUGAUAAACUCGUCACACUGCUCACUGAGAUAUCCUCUGAAGAAGAGACAAAGACCAUUAUAUUUGCUGAGACCAAAAGACGGGUCGAUGAGAUAACGAAAGCAAUCAACCGCGCUGGUUGGCGCGCACUCGCCAUUCACGGCGACAAGAACCAGCAGGACAGGGACUAUGUGCUCAAUCAGUUCCGUAUGUCCACCGGAGGCAUCCUCGUCGCCACCGACGUGGCAGCGCGCGGCCUCGAUGUGGAAGACGUGAAGUUUGUGAUAAACUAUGAUUAUCCGAACAACUCUGAGGACUAUGUGCAUCGUAUCGGUCGCACGGGUCGCUCGCACAACACUGGCACUGCUUACACUCUCUUCACUCCUAAUAACUCCGCCAAGGCUAAGGAUCUGAUGUGUGUCUUACAAGAAGCUAACCAAGUGGUGAACCCUAAGCUCAUGGAGCUGGCGCAGUGUGGCAUGGGAUUCAAAGGCAAAUACGGACGUAACCGUUACCGUGAUAGAGAUGACAGCCAGGGUCGGUUCGACCGCGGGGGGCGUGGCCGCGGCGGACGGGACGGUGGACGGGGACGCGACGGGGGACGAGGCGGUAGAGGACGCUUCGGAGGGGAGAGGAAUUCCAGAUGGGACGACUCGAACAACGAUUACGACAACAACCAAGGACCAUACAAUACUCGUUCAAGCUACAACCGAGAUAGUAGUAGAGACAACUUUAGACAGGAUAAUGGAUUCCGUGGCAGAGGGCGCGGCCGUGGUGGCAGUGACGCGCAGUCGUUCCAGGCCCAGUCCGGCGGCGGGUACAACAACUUCAGUCAGUCGCAGCAAGCAUUCAACGUUCCGCCGCCCACCAGCUACUACAACAUGUACGCGCAGCCCCCGCCGCCGCCCGCCUCCAAGUUCCCCGCGAAAUAGAUAUUUUAGUUAGACUAAGAUUGACUGGAUGUGAUGUGAAAUGAUGUUCAUAGGGUUAAUUGUGGGUGUUUUAUACUUCAUUGAUUUAUACAGUGUGAUGCCUGAUGGUAAUUGAGGGCUGCUCUAUAAACACAUUGUUGUUGAUUCACAUUGUAUAAAUCAUUGAUAUGAACUUGGACACCCUUAGCUUGUAGGUUUGAAAUGAUAACACCAAAAUGGUCCCUCCCAAUUGCUAACUUAUGAGAAACGAAUAGCUUCGUUUCACUCGCGUCUAGUUGUAAUAUUAUUACAAUAGAUUUAUUUUGUUCGAAGUUUCUGUGAAAGUGAUGGCUUGAAAUGGAACCUAUAAGGUUAUUAGAGUCUUAUCAUAUUGUAUUUAGAGCAGACAACAGAUUGUAUACGUUUCCCUUUGGAAUUAUACGGCAGUACAUGAGCAAGGCCUUAUUUACAUGGAUUAUAUUUUUAUUUUAAAUGCAAAUAAUUAAGUUAUGAUUUACUAGAGCUUCAAAAUUUUUAUAUUUAUUGUAACUUGUUGUUACAUGUUAUUCUCGUUAUAAAUCAGUACAAGAAUUUAUCCCUUAGUAACUUGUGUGCCACUCUAUCAUGUGUCUUACGGCCGUUCCCAAUAUUCUAUCUAUCCCUUGUUUUGCCCUACUGGAGAUAGAAAAAUCUAUCUAUCUUUAAAUUUGCCGUCUCAAUAAACUUACUGGCGAUAGGCAAACUAAUCUAUGGUUGUCAUUACCUGUGGGAGGACGGAUAGGUUAUCUACAGAUUGCUUUUACUAUGAAAUUGACAGUUCAUGCGUCCCAAUAAUAACAAAGGUGCUAUCUGUCAGUGACUUUGGUUAUCCCUAGUAGGCUUUAGCUCUAUCGCAGGAUUUUGAGGGAUAGGAGUAUAGUUAUCAGUGAAGAUCAGUAUAUAUAUCUUUUCUAUUUCUUAAAAAUACAUCAGAUUUAAACAAAAAAUCAUUUCGGACUCCAGUUCAAGUAGUAGUUCAAGUGCUAUUGAUAUUUUGAAACAAAUAAGGAACUGGGAAUCUGACGAGGACGAUGUGGUUACCACAACACGACCAUAUCAAGAGCGUGUUAAUUACAUGUACAGAUAUGACGAUUACGAGUUUGUGUAUAGAUUUAGGCUAAGAAGACUAAAUUAGAGAAUUUUAUACUUGUCCGUUAUUCAUACCUACAUCUUUAUUUUAAUUAAGUGUUCCAGUGGACGAGAAAUGAGAUAAACAUUGAAUGUGCAAAAUGCAUAGUGUAAUAAAAAGAUGGUUUAGAAUAAACUGUUUUAUUUUAUUUAAUUAUAUGAAUUAUUAUUGGGUUGUUUCUCCUUCUCCAGUAUAUCUAGCUAGAGUUUCCGUUUCUUUAAUGCAUGUAUUUCUUUUCGAUCUGUUAUUGACUCAUAUCAUCUGCAUCAGCUCG